AUGAGUACAACUAAUUUAGGCAGUCCUUCUUAUUACUUCUCUUCAUCAGCUCCUAAGCUAGAAAAUCUAUAACAGAGUCCUAAAAAAGAAUUUUUUGAUGCAUCUCGUUAAUUAGAAAAAGCAAAGCGAAGAGUCUAACUACUAAAACUAGAAAAUGAAAUUAGGUACUCUUAAAAUAUGAAUAUUCAUUUCAUAGAGAAAAGAAAGCUUAAAUACAAUAGUAAAAGACUGAACAAUUAACCAGAAUUCGUGAAGAUCAUGAAUAAUUUAAAGAAUUUGUAUAAUAAUUACAUUAUAUAUAGAAAUAAAUGCAUAGAGAAUAAGUUAAUAUGUAGAUUUAGAAUUUGGUAUCUCGAACACGUAAUCUUAAAAGACAAUAAUCACAAGAGAAAAUUUAUAUUUAAUAAAACUUCCUUUAGAUGAAAUAAUAAGAAGUCAAAAAUAUAAAAGUGUAGUCUUAAAAAAAUGAAUAGCUUAUUAGAUAGAAUCUCGAAAAUAUUAAAUAAUAAAAAUAUGAGCAAAAAUAAUAGAUUCUCACUCAAGAACAGUUAGCUUAAUAGAGUAUUAACAAUUUUCACAAAUAAAGAUAUUUCAAACAUUAACAAGAUCAUUAUCACUCGAAAUCUUAACAUAUGAUUGAAGCUGAAAAUAAACUAACUAUGAUAGAAGAAUUAAGAAAAUAAGAAGCUUAAUUAUUAUAAAGAUUAGAAACUACAGUUAUAUAUAUAUUUUAUAAAUAGUCUAAAUUGAAUACAAGCCUGGUUGUUCGAUAAAUAUCCACAACAACUCCAAAAACAGAAUUCAAUAAUUGA